AACCGGAUGACAGGAGUCAAAGCAAGCUGCUGUAAACGGACGCAGGGGUAUUUACUGUGCAAUGUAAGAGAAGACUUUUGACGGGUAUUUGAACAACUACAGUACGUUUUAACCAUCUUAGACUCCAAACUGAACUGUGCACUGAGCGAUGGCAGUGGAGAAAUUUGUGUGCAAGACUCUGGAGCUUCUUCAGGAGGAGCGGGAGGCUGAAAUAGAGGAGACCAAGAUAUGGCAGGAGAAUAUUUCCUUGAAGGAUCUUCAGAAUAAAGGAGUUUGCCUGCUGAAGCUUCAGAUAGGGAGUCAGUCCACCGGCCUAUACGGUCGCACCGUCAUCAUUUUAGAGCCCAGGAAGCAUCUUGGCUUCUCCUCACUUCCGAGCAACAGCUUUGGGCCAGGCGAUAUUGUUGGCAUAUAUGAUCCUUCUGGAUGCAGUGCAGCCUCACAGAUUUGCACAGGGAUAGUAACGAGGAUCAGCCAAGCUUCUAUCAGUGUGGCCUUUGAUGACCUGAAGGAUGGAGUCAGUUUUGAUUCAGAUGGUCUUUAUAAUCUCUUGAAGCUGGCCAAUGAUGUUACUUACAAACGGAUGAAACGGGCCUUAAAUGCAUUAAAUGGCUACAGAACCGGACCAGCUUCCUGCCUGAUACAUGUUCUCUUUGGAGAUGCGCAACCUUCUUCUUACUCACAGUCAAAUGAGUUUGAGUUCUUUAAUUCCGAAUUGGACGAUUCCCAGAGAGAAGCUGUAGCCUUCGCUCUUUCACAGAGAGAGCUGGCUGUGGUUCAUGGACCUCCAGGCACAGGAAAAACCACCACAGUGGUAGAAAUCAUCCUGCAAGCUGUGAAACAAGGCCAGAAGGUCCUGUGUUGUGCUGCCUCAAAUGUUGCUGUUGAUAAUUUAGUGGAGAGGCUUGCUCGCUGUAAAGCCAAAGUCCUGAGAUUGGGCCACCCCGCCAGACUACUGGAAUCCAUCCAGAAACACUCACUGGAUGCCAUCCUCGCUCAGAGCGACAACGCAAACAUCAUCGCCGACAUCCGGAAAGAUAUCGACAAAGCAUUGGUGGGGAUGAAAAAGAAAAGUGAAAAAGGAGAGCGAGGAAACUUUAAACGUGAAAUAGGAGAGCUGAGAAAAGAGCUAAAAAGCAGGGAGACAACAGCCAUUGCUGAGAUCCUGAAGAGUGCUGAUGUCGUGUUGUCCACAAACACCGGUGCAUGUGACGACGGUCCUCUGAAGUUCCUGCCGGCAGAGCAUUUUGAUUGGGUGGUGAUUGAUGAGUGUGCACAGGCCCUGGAGAGCAGCUGCUGGAUCGCUUUACUCAGGGCGCGCAAAUGCAUCCUGGCUGGAGACUACAAGCAGUUACCACCAACCAUCAAAUCACAAACAGCUGCAGCUAAAGGCCUGUCCCUGAGUCUCAUGGAGAGACUUAUUCAGAUGUAUGGGGACUCAGUGGUCCGUAUGUUAACAGUUCAGUACCGCAUGAACAGUGCUAUCAUGGAAUGGGCCUCCAAAGAGAUGUACAAUGGACGAUUAACCGCUCACAGCUCCGUGGAGAAACAUGUAUUAAAAGAUCUGCCAGGUGUUGCCUGCGUCGAAGAGACCAGCACACCACUUCUUCUGAUUGAUACCGCAGGAUGUGGACUGAGCGAAAUGGAGAUUGCAGACGAGCAGUCCAAAGGCAACCAAGGUGAGGUCGACAUUGUUUCACUACAUAUAAAGACCUUGACGGAAGCUGGAGUAAAGGCCAAAGACAUUGCAGUUAUUGCUCCAUAUAAUCUACAAGUUGAUCUUCUGCGUCAGAAGCUUUCUGCACGUCACCCAGAAAUGGAAAUAAAGUCUGUGGACGGAUUUCAGGGCAGAGAAAAAGAAGCUGUUGUGUUGUCGUUAGUUCGCUCCAACAGAAAAGGUGAGGUGGGUUUUCUUGCAGAGGACAGACGGAUAAAUGUCGCCGUCACACGCGCAAGACGUCACAUCGCGGUAGUGUGCGACACGCAGACAGUUAGGAAUCACGCUUUCCUUAAAUCUCUGGUGGAUCACAUGACCGAGGUCGGUGAGGUCAGAACUGCAUUCGAGUACCUGCAAGAUAUUGUGCCGCAGAACUACACCCGGGAUCAUAAAGACACAAAGACCAACACUUCCUCCACGUCUAGCAAGCAGAAGAGUAGAGAUCAGGCUCCAGGUAAAGCAAAGGAAGGCCAGAAAAUGACCAGCAGCUGUAAGAACAACACUUCUGGUUCACAGAAUCACACAAAGUCCCACACACCAGUCCAGAAAGACCAAAAAGACAAGAGCAGAUACGCUGAGAUCAGACUGCAAGUGGAGAAUUUUAUGAAGGAUGUAAAUAUGAAAAAUUUACAGUUCCCAUCAACCUUCAACUCGCACGAUCGCCUGCUAGUCCACCAGAUCGCUGAGGAGCUGGGCCUCAUUCAUGAGAGCAGAGGAGAGGGCGGCGGCAGGUGCAUCACUGUCUCCCGGCCCGUGGCAUUGGAACCUGUCGAGGAGCCGACGCAGGAGGAAUCCCAAGAGGAAGAACCAGCUCCUGCUCUGCAGAGUGAGCCGCCACCAUCCCAACCUUUAGUUGAUCUGAAGACGUUACAUCUGGAGAGAAUGCAAAGGGAGCAGCGGAAGAGGGAGGAAAAUGUCCAGCAAAAAAAGCAGAACUGCAACUCUGCAGCUCAGGGAACAAAGAAGUCUAAAGGUUUGUCUCAAACCAUCUGGAAGUGUUACAACUCAUCUGCUCACAGGAUAACUCUGGAUUAUUUCCCCUCAGGAAAGAACAAAACGAAGGCAGGGGCCUGUGACAUCGCUGCCGCCGCUGUUCCAGAUGAUGACUUUGAUGCUCUCAUCAGCGCUGUCGUGAAAGCUGACAGUGUUUGCAGUUUUGUGAAAUGCAAAGCAUCUGUGUUAACACUCGGCCAGCUUUGCAUCUUCUGCAAUCGGCAGUUCUGUCUCAGUCAUCACAUACCAGAGGUUCAUGGCUGUGGAGAUAAGGCAAAGUCUCACGCUCGGAUGAGAAUAAGCAAAGAAGGGGUUCUUUAUGCCUGGAGUGGAAAGAAAGACAAAUCGUUGGACCCUAAUAAGAAAGUGUACCUACAAAGAAAACUGGACUCUAAGCUGAAAGACAUGGCAUCGCAAAGGAAACCAAAAAACAAGGAGAAAGAUACUUAAUGUCGUAAAAUGUCCUUUUUUUAGUUUAUUGAAUGUGAAGACUUUGUU